CCGCUCUGCUGCUCUACAUCACAGCUACUGUUUCCCACUCUUCUCUCCUCCACUCAGCUUCGCUCCUCUUCUCUUUGCUUCUCUCCACUCAUUCAGACCGCAUGCUCCCCGUCAUCUCUGGCACUGUUGGGUCUGCGUGGCCAGUGGAAGUGGACCCGGACACCCUGUAUGGUCUGAAGGUGUUUUCCCGUUCCUGUGGAUCUGUGGGGAGGGGAGGGAGGGCAGGGAGGGGGUGCAGGUGAAGGGCUCCGUGUCGGGGGAAACAGGUUGCGCGGCUUUGCGGCAAGAGCUGAGGAGGGUCAUGCUUAAUGAGUUAAGAGGAUUUCGGACAGAGACCACUCUUGCAUCGCAGCCCCAAUGUGGGGCCCUUUUCCGGAUGGCGGGAACGUCCGGCCGGGAGCGACGAACCAGCUGGAUGCUCCUCGGCCACUCAACUGGACCAUACGGAAACUGUGUCAUGCAGCUUUCCUUCCGUCUGUGCGCCUGCUUAAGGCACAGAAAUCAUGGAUAGAAAGAGCUUUCAGCAAGAGAGAAUGUGUGCACAUUAUUGUAAGCACCAAAGACCCCCAUAGGUGCUGUUGUGGCCGUCUAAUUGGUCAACAUGUUGGCCUGCCCCCCAGCAUCUCAUCCAAUCAGAAUGAGAAGUCAGAUCGUGUGCCAAAGAAUGACAGCUUGUCAGAGAAGUGGUCCAUCAGCAAGCACACCCAGCUCAGUCCCACUGACGCCUUUGGAACCAUUGAGUUUCAGGGAGGUGGACACUCCAACAAAGCAAUGUAUGUACGAGUGUCUUAUGACACUAAGCCAGACUUACUGCUGCAUCUGAUGACGAAGGAGUGGCAACUGGAGCUUCCCAAGCUGCUCAUCUCUGUUCAUGGAGGACUUCAGAACUUCGAGCUGCAGCCCAAACUCAAGCAAGUCUUUGGCAAGGGUCUCAUCAAGGCUGCCAUGACCACUGGGGCCUGGAUCUUCACUGGGGGAGUUAACACUGGAGUCAUCAGGCAUGUUGGUGAUGCUCUGAAAGACCACGCUUCCAAAUCGAGGGGGAAGAUCUGUACUAUUGGCAUUGCCCCCUGGGGGAUUGUGGAGAACCAGGAAGACCUGGUGGGCAAAGAUGUGGUCCGGCCGUACCAGACAAUGUCUAACCCUCUUAGUAAGCUUACGGUACUCAACAGCCUACACUCCCACUUCAUUUUGGCUGAUAAUGGCACCACCGGAAAGUAUGGAGCGGAAGUCAAACUGCGCAGACAGCUAGAGAAACACAUCUCUCUGCAAAAGAUCAACACGCGGAUCGGACAGGGUGUUCCAGUGGUGGCUUUGAUAUUGGAGGGGGGUCCUAAUGUGAUCUCUAUCGUACUGGAGUACCUGAGAGACACUCCUCCAGUGCCUGUGGUGGUGUGUGACGGCAGCGGUCGGGCCUCUGACAUCCUGGCCUUUGGGCACAAGUACUCAGAGGAAGGCGGAAUCAUAAACGAAUCUCUGAGAGACCAGUUAUUAGUCACCAUUCAGAAGACGUUUACAUACAGUCGGACACAGGCCCAGCAUCUCUUCAUCGUUCUGAUGGAGUGCAUGAAGAAGAAAGAACUGAUAACAGUGUUUCGAAUGGGAUCAGAGGGACACCAGGACAUUGAUCUGGCUAUUCUAACAGCUCUUCUGAAAGGGGCCAAUGCAUCAGCUCCAGAUCAGCUGAGCCUGGCUUUGGCCUGGAACAGAGUUGACAUUGCUCGGAGCCAGAUCUUCAUUUACGGACAGCAGUGGCCUGUGGGCUCUCUAGAGCAAUCUAUGCUGGACGCACUGGUGCUGGACAGAGUGGACUUUGUGAAGCUGUUGAUUGAGAAUGGAGUGAGCAUGCACCGUUUCCUGACACUGUCCAGACUUGAAGAGCUCUAUAAUACGAGGCAUGGUCCAUCCAACACCUUGUACCACCUUGUCAGAGAUGUGAAAAAGCAAGAAUAUCCAGGGUUCAGUUGGAUCUACCUCAAGGGUAACCUGCCCCCUGACUACCGCAUCAGCCUGAUUGACAUCGGAUUGGUAAUUGAAUACCUCAUGGGCGGAGCCUAUCGCUGCAAUUACACCAGGAAGAGAUUUCGGACCCUCUAUCACAACCUUUUUGGACCCAAAAGACCAAAAGCCCUGAAGCUGCUUGGAAUGGAGGAUGACAUGCCCAUUAGGCGAGGACGUCAGAAGACCACACGGAAGCGAGAAGAGGAAGUAGACAUUGACCUGGAUGACCCAGAAAUCAAUCAUUUCCCUUUCCCAUUCCAUGAGCUGAUGGUUUGGGCAGUGCUGAUGAAACGGCAGAAGAUGGCCCUGUUCUUCUGGCAGCAUGGCGAGGAGGCCAUGGCUAAAGCACUGGUUGCCUGUAAGCUAUGUAAGGCGAUGGCCCACGAAGCGUCAGAAAACGACAUGGUAGAUGACAUUUCACAGGAACUCAAUCAGAACUCAAGGGAGUUUGGUCAGCUGGCUGUUGAGCUACUAGAUCAGUCCUAUAAGCAGGAUGAACAGAUGGCCAUGAAGCUGUUGACCUACGAGUUGAAGAACUGGAGUAAUGCCACCUGUCUGCAGCUGGCAGUGGCUGCCAAGCACAGGGACUUCAUCGCCCACACCUGUAGCCAGAUGCUUCUCACUGACAUGUGGAUGGGACGUCUGCGCAUGCGCAAGAACUCUGGCCUGAAGGUUAUCUUGGGCCUACUUCUCCCCCCUUCCAUACUGAGUCUUGAAUUUAAAAAUAAGGACGAGAUGUCAUAUAUGCCUCAGGAUCAGGACACCUACCUGCAGGAGAAGGAUGUGGAUGAACCCGAGAAACAAGCUAAAGAAAAAGAGGAGGAGGACAUGGAGUUCACAGUAAGAUCUUACUGUGAGACGCAGUACAACUCCGUGGCCAUGCUGGGAAACGUCAGUACAGAAGCUUCACGUAAGAAACAGGUGGUGGAGGUUCAGAACCGUCAUCGGCUGAUUCCACUGGGUCGCAAAAUUUACGAGUUUUACAACGCCCCUAUCGUCAAGUUCUGGUUUCACACGUUGGCCUAUGUAGGGUACUUGAUGCUCUUCAACUAUAUUGUGCUAGUGAAGAUGGACCUGUGGCCCUCUCCUCAGGAGUGGAUUGUUAUUGCCUACAUCUUCACUAAUGGCAUAGAGAAGAUGAGAGAGAUCCUCAUGUCAGAGCCGGGGAAGCUCCUGCAGAAGGUGAAAGUGUGGCUACAGGAGUACUGGAACGUCACUGACCUCAUGGCCAUCCUCAUCUUCUCCAUUGGGAUGGUGCUUCGCCUACAAGACCCGCCCCUGAUGAGCUAUGGGAGGGUCAUUUACUGCGUCAAUAUCAUUUAUUGGUACAUACGACUGCUUGAUAUCUUCGGAGUGAACAAAUACCUGGGUCCAUACGUCAUGAUGAUUGGCAAGAUGAUGAUUGACAUGAUGUAUUUUGUGAUAAUCAUGCUGGUGGUGCUGAUGAGUUUCGGGGUGGCGCGGCAGGCAAUUCUCAAUCCCAAUGAGGACCCAUCCUGGAUGCUGGCACGCAACAUCUUCUUCAUGCCAUACUGGAUGAUCUACGGAGAGGUGUUUGCUGACCAAAUUGACCAUGUGAAUAGUAGGAAGCUACAGCACAAAGUGAAUGAAAAACUCUGGCUGGUCGAAAAUUACUUUCGCACUCAUGGACCUGGGCGUAGCAGUGGUCCAUCCCAUAUAGCUCCAUGUGGUCAGAACAUCACGACAGAGGAUGGAGCCAUCGUGACUCUCCCACCCUGCAAAACCGGAGCUUGGAUUGUCCCCGCCAUCAUGGCCUGCUACCUGCUGGUGGCCAACAUCCUUCUGGUUAAUUUGCUCAUUGCUGUCUUUAAUAACACAUUCUUUGAAGUAAAGUCCAUCUCCAACCAGGUGUGGAAGUUCCAGAGGUACCAGCUAAUCAUGACCUUCCAUGAGCGUCCUGUCCUUCCUCCUCCUCUCAUCAUCUUUAGCCACAUAACUAUGGUCCUCAAGCACCUCUGCUGUCGCUGGAGGAAGCAUGAUGAGGAUGAGCGCGACUAUGGGCUGAAGCUCUUCAUUACUGAAGAUGAACUGAAGAAGGUACAUGACUUUGAAGAGCAGUGUAUGGAGGAGUAUUUCAGGGAGAAAGAUGAUCGCUUCAAUUCCUCCAAUGACGAGAGGAUACGUGUGACAUCUGAAAGGGUAGAGAACAUGGCGAUGCGUCUGGAGGAGGUGAAUGAGAGGGAACAUUUCAUGAAAGCGUCCCUGCAGACUGUGGACAUCCGGCUCGCUCAGAUGGAGGAGAUGAUCGGCCGCAUUGCUGUGGCACUGGAGCGGGUUGCUGGUAUGGAUCGAGGCGAAGUCAACAAAGCCCGGUCCAGGACAUCAUCUGACUGCACAGAUACAAAUUACAUCCUGCGCCAGAGCAGUUUCAACAGCCAAGAAGGCAAUUCCUACAGGCUACAGGAGUCUCUGGAGCAGGGUGGCGAGGAGUCCAUUUCUCCUACAUCUCCAACCGCUCUGGCCCCACGUGUCCGCAGUCACUCCUUCUACGUGAGCCACUCUUCCAAAGAUAGGAGUGGAGCAGAUCGGGGGGAAGGCUUCUUUAAAGAUAGACUGUUCAGCCUCCAUCGGGCCAACAGCUCACAGUCUGUGUCCUCGGGAGCAGGUCCCAAAGAGUCCAAGCCCACACCUCUGAAUACUUUAUCUGUGCAGCAGCAACUUCGCCCUUCUUCCUGCAUAGACAUCUAUGUUUCUGCCUCAGAGGACAUCCCGCCUACUGAGAGCUUCUUGGAGCCGGUCCGGACAGUUCCAACUCUUGCUCGAGACUCAUCUCUACAUUCUGAGAUCAUGGAGGCCGUGCUCUCAGGGGGGCGAGACUGCAGUGGUAGGGCAGGGGGCAGCGAAAGACAGUCGGACGGUACGGUCCUAUAUGAGGACAGCGCCGCCGCUGACCUAUCACUCUGCUCUGCCCACCUGCUGCCAGAUAACUUGCCCCCCUGGGACCUGGACCCCUCGCCGCCGCCAUCAGCUGGCAUGCUGGAGCGGUCCAAGAGCAGUCGCUUCCUAUCCGCAGCAGGGCCUCUGUUUCUGGAUGAGCCAUCGAUGGUUAAGUCGCAUAGCCUGAUGUUCACUUCACGUGGUUACUAUGGCGGCAUGGGUGUGCAGGUGAAGGCAGCCGAAUAUACCAGCAUCACAGAUUGCAUAGACAUCCGUUGCGUCUCUACCCCUUAUCCUGUCCCAGAGCGGUCUGACUCCCCCGGAGGCUCUUUCACAUUCGAUAAGCCUCAGGACCUUGGCGUCUCGCACCCUGAGAGAGACGCCGAGCUCAGUCACGCCGAGUCUGAUCCAGAGGAACUGGCAGAGGGCUCUGCAGAUACAGGUAAGGGGGGUCAAAGUAGCAGUAGCGGGGGAAUGGGCACAGACCUGGGCCUGGGCCUCGCACCGGGCCCGUUUUGCUCACCGACCUCUAGACUAGAACGAGCAAACAGCUGCUCCUCCUCGGAGGAGUCGCACUCCAACAUCUACUCUCGAAAGAGCUUCUCCAUAAGUGAGAGAAUGGACAAGGGCCGUGGGAGCUCGAAGAAUCCUUUCCAGAAGGCCAGAGCCGGGGCAAGACUGGAGGGUAAAACAGACUCGCUGUCCAUGAGGAAACUGGCCAAACCCUCAGCGUUCCAAAGUUUUGACAGCAGACACAAUUACACGUGAUGAUGUCAGACCAGUAGUGAUGGCAUUGUAGAUCUAGUUCCUGUAGGGUGGCUCUACCUCGUUUAAAAUCCAAGGGCCAGUCCGUUAAUUAGUACUGUCUGAUUGAGUAAUUAGCUGUACACUGGAAUGUUUUAUAAUGGGUAUCAAAUUGCUGUUAAUUUCCUAUUGUAACACUGCAAUGCAAAGUCACAUUUUCUUUAGAACUCAUAAAUUCAGAACUUGACCACUGCCAUUAGGCCAACAUUAGUUCCAGUUCCCUCAAACUCGAAAGUGCUCUGAAAGUGCUAUUGGGGCUAUAUUCAUAAUUAGGGGAAACUUUGAGAUUAAAAGCCUAUUAACACCAAGACGACCGUUUGGUACGAAAGUUUGGUGCGAUAAACAUUUUCAUUCGAAUGAAUGGCUGUCAAU